AUGGCCGGCCGCAUAAACUACCAAACCUGCACUUACCAAUGCAUCCGUCCCAACGAACUCUGGCAAUGCAAUUGGUUGGAGGAAACAGGCACGAUAUGCUCUCUGGUCUAUGACAUCAAGAAUGAAAAGAUCACCACGCUGAUUGCGUUUUCAAAGGGCCAUUGGGAGAAUCCUGAGCAGGCGAGAGGAGACAAGAGGGAGCAAGAGGUGUUUGAGAGGUGGAGGNGGUUGGCAAAGCAAGGGUCGCAGGUCGAGAGGUUCAUGUUGAGUGAGCAGGCGGAUAUCAAGGAGAAGUUCAAGGGCAAGGGGGACUUGGUGCCCAUUGAGGAGGAUGCUGAGACGUUCUAG